AUGGCAGUAGCAGGAAUCGAGCUACCGUUCGAUUCAUGCAAUGUUGCCCGUUCCCGUUCGCUGAAUCCACGUGGUAUCUACGUCAGUGCUGUAGUGGUCAUAACAUUCCAUCCACAGUUCAUCACAAAAGUGGAUCGUGCUUAUCGCAUUCAGUGCUUUUACAUGGAAGCCGAUAAAACAGUGAGCACGCAGAUUGAAGUGUCCGACAUCACCACUGCCUUCCAGACACAAGUGGUACCAAUGCCAAUCUGUCGAUAUGAGAUCCUGGAAGGUGGGCCAACUGGGUCACCCAUCAAAUAUGCACUCAUUGGGCAGCAAGUCUAUCACAAAUGGACUUGUGAUUCGGAAACGGUGGAUACAUUCUGUGCCGUUGUGCAUUCAUGCUUCGUGGAUGAUGGGAAUGGCGAUACCGUAGAGAUUCUUGACGAGAGCGGUUGCGCUCUGGACAAGUAUCUUCUCAAUAAUUUGGAAUAUCCAACAGAAGCACAUGUGUACAAAUAUGCCGAUCGCUCAGAGCUCUACUAUCAGUGUCAGAUCAGCAUAACAGUGAAGGAACCGAAUACCGACUGCCCACGACCGCAGUGUGCUGAACCACAAGGGUUUGGAGCGGUGAAAUCAGCCGCUGCACCAGCACCAGCCGCUUUGGCACUCGCACCGCGAAAUUUACGCCUUAUCAGGAAGCGAUCCGUCGAUUACGAUAACACGGUUGAUGUGAGGACCGAAUUUAGUGCUGUUGAUAUCAGCGAAGAGGAUCCGGUUUUGCCAGCUGAUGUGCGUUACCGGAAUCGGCUGCCAACAACGAUCCGACGUCCGAUCAUUUUGUCUUAUCGCCAGUCCCACGGUACUGUGUGUAUUGCACCGCACGGUAUUUUGCUCAUCGCCUUUCUUGGCGCUACAUUCAGUGUUGCCUGCGUACUGUUUAUUAUUUUUGUUAUUUAUCCAAAAAACUCCGCAAAGUUAUGA